AUGGUAAAUGUAGGAGGAUAUAAAGCCGAUAAUGGCUUUAGAUCCGGGUAUUUAACUCAUCUUGAAGCAACCUUGAAAGUAUCGCUUCCUGAGUCGGGUCUUUUGGGUAAACCUCACAUUGAAUCAAGAAUAAAAACAAUGAAAAAAGAUUGGCAAGUUGUAUUUGAUAUGUUGAAUACAAGUGGGUUUGGUUAUGAUAAGGAGAACAAUUGUGUGACCACGACAUCUCCAGGAGUAUGGGAUGCUUAUCUCCAGGUAUUACCUUGUCAUAAAGGGGCAUCAAAAUGGAAAAAUAAAAAGCUUCCACAUUAUGAAGAUUUAUGUAUUGUUUUUGGAAAAGAUCGAGCUCAAGGAAAUAGAGCCAAGGUUGCUACCGAGAUGGAAGAGCAAGUGAAUAUUGAGGAACUAGAGGAAGACUCGCAUGAUAGUUUUGAUGAAGCGAUGGAAGGUAGCCACACGGCACGUACCACCACAAGUGUUCAAGUUGAAGAAGUUUCAAGUAUUCCUAGUAAGAAAAGGAAGAGCACAUCUCAAACAACUUCUAUGGUUGAAAGUUUGAAUGAUGCGGUUAUGUAUUUUGGUGAACGUCUCAAAGAAUUAUCGGCGGAAUUGAGUGAAGGUAUAAAACUUGAAGUUGAACUUAAUAAAAAAACCGCUAUGCUAACGUUGGAGCUUGAAAAAAUGACAUCACUAUCUCAAUUGGAAAGGUUUAAGGCAAUUCGUAAAAUGAAAAGUGAUCAUGAUAGUGUACUUACUUUUUGGGAUUUGAAGGAAGAAGAAAGGGAGGAUUGGGUACAGUUUGUGAUGUCGGAAUAUUAA